AUGUCUGAAAUUCAGAAAUGGACAGUCAAUGAGCCUUAUAUCGAUAUAGCGGGAACGCUGCUCGAGGGCCCUUACCACGAUGUAGCCAACAAUGAGUUUCGCUUUGUGGAUAUCUGGGACCAUAAACUUUAUCGUCUCGAUCUGGACAAAGGCCCAGAAUCGCUCAAGACGGUUGACACAACCGCGGCUAUCGGUGUCACCGCCAACAUCGCUAAUGCGGAUGAGGUCGAUCAACUGAUAGUCGGGGCCAAGCUUGGAUUUGCCCGGCUGAACCAAACGACCGGGAAACUAUCCUAUAUCCGCGAAGCUUGGGGCGAAGAUGAUGGACCGGGGAAAGCGGAAAUAAUGCGCUUCAACGAUGGGGCAGUUGAUAGCCACGGCCGUUUCUGGGCGGGGGCCAUGAACGACCCCAAGAUUAAGGCCCCAGGUCCCGAGGGAAUCCUUUUUAGAUUGGACCCAGACCUAAGCUUGCACCGCAUGCUAGCCCCAGUGACGAUCCCGAACGGCAUAGGCUGGAACCAUGCCGACGAUACCAUGUACCUGACAGACUCACCUACAGGCAAGAUCUUCGCAUUUGAUUUCGAUGCCGCGACGGGCGCCAUCAGUAACCGACGCGUGCACUAUGACCUUGGCGAGCCGCUCGAGCCGGAUGGAUUCGCCAUGGACGUCGAGGGCUGUAUCUGGUCCGCCAUCUAUGGUGGCGGGAAAGUGAUUCGGAUCUCACCGACCGGUCAGCUCAUCGGGCAGAUCGAUUUGCCCACACGGAAUCCAACAUGUCCCGCUUUUGUGGGAACCGAGCUUUUCAUCACCUCUGCCAAGGAUACUCGUGAUGAUGAGCGAUUGCCGCAAUCUGUGCGGUAUGGGGGCCGACUGUUCCGAGUUGACGUUGGCGUCCGGGGCAAACCUAAGAAUGAGUUCCGGUUCGAGUAA